GUUUAUUGUCCGCAAGUGAUCGACCUCCCGCGUGUUCCCCCGGUUUGUCGCUGUCAGUAAACUUCGAUAGUCGAUCGGCUAACUUCUCCGUCAGAUGCUCGGCCACGCGUAGACCUCGUAUCCAUGAGCUAAUAACGCCCUUGCUUUCAGGGACCCCCUGAUGCCGGUGAGGCGAUCUUCUGCCGUUCAUACCCUUAAUCGUGCUUCAUCCAGCGAUCCCCCUCUAGUCUCUCUCCGCAUCCGCACCCUCCCUGCAUUUGUUCCCACUUGCGCCAUCCUACCCAUGAGGAGUAAAUCGGGGGCCUGAGCGGCCCUUGUUGGCCCCAUUGUCCUUUGCAUCCACUCGCAGAUCCCCUUCUCCUCGGUCCCUGAGGGUGGCGACCCUGGUCGACGUUCAAUAAAUCUCCCACUAUCCUCCCUCCCCCUCACUACACCAUGCCAUCUUUGUCAACCAUGUGUCCCCCUCACCCAUGCUCCUCAAACGCGACACCCCUUCAGGGCGCCUUCUCCCCGACAUAUACCGAGACUCCCAUCAAGUCCACAUCUUCACGGCCUUUGCCGCCAUCGCCUGCUACAAUGCCAUCGAACUCAUCAUCCUCUGUCUCUCGACCUUCAAACGCCGAGGCAGCGUCUACUUCUGGUCCCUCCUCAUUGCCUCCUUAAGCAUCUUCCCGCAGUGCGUAGGAUAUAUUCUCCUCUUCUCCCGACCCCAAAUCUCGCCCUACGGCUCCGUCACUCUUAUCAUGAUCGGCUGGUGCGGUAUGAUAACCGGCCACUCACUCGUCCUCUGGUCCCGUCUCCAUCUCGUCCUCCAGGAUCCCACAAUCCUCCGCUAUCUACUCCGUCUCAUCAUUCUGGAUGACAUCCUCCUCCAAAUCCCCAUAACAGUCCUCCUAUACGGAACUGUCUCCACACACUGGAGACUCUUCAACCACGGAUACAACAUCAUGGAGCGCAUCCAGCUCGUCGGCUUCUGUCUCCAAGAAGGCCUCCUCUCCGGUCUGUAUGUCUGGGAAGCUGCGAAGCUGCUACGACUUCGUCCUGAAGACCGACAUCGUCGUAUCCUGGCGCAGCUGAUUGUGAUUAAUAUUCUGGUCUUGAUACUUGAUAUAGCCGUCGUCGGUAUCCAGUACGCGGGCUACUAUGCCUUGCAGGUCAUGUUCAAGCCUGUCGCUUAUAGCAUCAAGCUGAAGCUUGAGUAUGCGAUACUAGGACGGCUGGUGGAUGUUGUCAAGAAGGUCAAUACUCAAGAGUCAUUGAGUACUCAGGGCUUUGAUAUGCUGCCUUCGUCAUCGGAGGGAUUGAGACCGAGAAUGGAGAAUCAUGUAGAUAGUGGUCCUGGGGGCUUUCUGUAUCCUCAAAAGGUGUAUACUUCGUCUCGGGGCUCUUAA